GUAUCCUUCAGGAAUUUUGGAUCUUUUUAUUUAAAAUCGUUGAAAAAUGAGAGUAGAAUAUUAUUUCAAUAAAUAGCAGUGUAGUAGUUAAGAGCAUAAACUAAUCUAAUGAUAAGAAUUCCGUAGCGGGAGGGCCUCAAGAUGAUCGGAGGUCUGUUCGUGUACAAUCAUAAGGGGGAGGUGUUGAUAUCGAGGGUGUAUAGGGACGACAUCGGGCGGAAUGCCGUGGAUGCGUUCCGAGUGAACGUGAUCCACGCUCGCCAGCAGGUCCGCUCGCCGGUCACCAACAUCGCCCGCACCUCCUUCUUCCACAUAAAGCGUGCUAACAUCUGGCUGGCCGCAGUCACCAAGCAGAAUGUGAACGCUGCCAUGGUGUUUGAGUUUCUGCUCAAGAUAAUAGAUGUGAUGCAGUCAUACUUCGGCAAGAUCUCCGAAGAGAACAUCAAGAACAACUUUGUUCUUAUCUAUGAACUGUUAGAUGAGAUCCUGGACUUUGGCUACCCCCAGAACUCUGACACUGGUGUCCUGAAGACAUUUAUCACUCAACAGGGCAUUAAGUCUGCAUCCAAGGAGGAACAGGCUCAAAUUACAUCACAGGUGACAGGCCAGAUCGGAUGGCGUCGCGAGGGUAUAAAGUACAGACGCAACGAGCUGUUCCUCGACGUACUGGAGUAUGUCAACCUGCUCAUGUCGCCGCAAGGCCAGGUACUGUCCGCCCACGUUGCUGGCAAGGUGGUGAUGAAGUCUUACCUGUCAGGCAUGCCGGAGUGCAAGUUCGGCAUCAACGACAAGAUUGUAAUGGAGGCUAAGGGCAAAGGAAAUGGCGGUAUAUCCGGCAACACGGACGCCGAUCCGGCGCGCUCCGGCAAGCCGGUGGUGGUGAUCGACGACUGCCAGUUCCACCAGUGCGUGAAGCUCAGCAAGUUCGAGACGGAGCACUCCAUAUCGUUCAUACCGCCGGACGGCGAGUUUGAACUCAUGAGAUACCGCACUACCAAGGACAUAUCCUUGCCGUUCCGUGUGAUCCCCCUGGUCCGGGAGGUGGGUCGCACCAAGAUGGAGGUGAAGGUGGUGCUGAAGUCCAACUUUAAGCCCUCGCUGCUCGGCCAGAAGAUCGAGGUGAAGAUCCCCACUCCGCUGAACACCAGCGGCGUGCAGCUCAUAUGCCUGAAGGGCAAGGCUAAAUACAAGGCAUCCGAGAACGCUAUUGUUUGGAAGAUCAAGCGCAUGGCGGGCAUGAAGGAGACCCAACUGUCGGCGGAGAUCGAGCUGCUGGAGACGGACACCAAGAAAAAGUGGACUCGCCCGCCCAUCUCCAUGGGCUUCGAGGUGCCCUUCGCGCCCUCCGGAUUCAAGGUCCGCUAUCUAAAAGUGUUCGAGCCCAAGCUGAACUACUCCGACCACGACGUGAUCAAAUGGGUGCGCUACAUCGGCCGCUCCGGACUGUACGAGACACGAUGCUAACGCCCCCGCCUCGCACUGGCUAUGAUACUUCACGAUGGAUUGGAUGUUGAAAGAAUACAAGUUGAAAUAAUAUAUUAUAGUAUUUUUUGUAUAUAAUUUCCACGAAAAUAUAACUAUAGAUAUUGUAUAUCAAUGAGUUUUUAUGUUUCUGAGGUAUUCAAGGUAUUUAGAUGGGUUCAUUGUAACAAAAUAUUAAUUAAUAUUUAUAGCUUAUGAAAUAUUAAACAGUAUAAUACUUAGAUUAUAACUAUGGUUCUAAGAAUCUCACAAUAAAUUGGUAAAAUCACGAAUGAAACUGUGUGCUGGGAAAUCUAAAAUGCACCUUUGUUAAUGUUACAGUCGUAGGUAGCCGCUGUUUAUCAUUUUGAACCACUUUGCUAUGGUAAUAAGGUCGUAUAGCUUUUGUUGGCGGCUGUACAAAGAUUUGGUCAACUUUUUUAGUUUAUUUAAAUAUUUUUUAUUACCAGACAAUAAUAAUAUUGUUGUUAAAAACUUUUUUAGUAAAAAUGAGAUUUCAUCUGUAUUAUGUGUUUAUUUUGGAAAAUAUCUCGAGCUAGCUGGGGCUAGUUUAUUAUGUAUUAAAGAUGUCGGCAUUAAUAUAUUGCUAUCAUUCCUUAUAGCUAAUAAUGUGAACUCAAUAGAUUUUAAUAUAAACCAUGAAGUUUUAUUGUUAUACCUACUUUAACCACCUCGGUAAUAAAAAUAUUGCUACUCAUGUUUGUAUCUUUGUCUGAGGUGUUGAAUGCCGUUUACCAGAUGAAGACAGCAAGC